UUAUCCUAAUUAUCAUAAUUUUGUUUCGUUUUGGUCUAUGAAGUUUUGCAACUGAUAUUAUAUAAAAUCGUAUAUUAAGAUAUUACAGUCAAACAGAAAGGACAAGUAGGCGAUCAAAUUUGAUUCGAAAAUCUUCAGAAUGGUUAAACUGGGCAUUGUACUGGCUUUGUGCGCGUCAUUCAUGACGUCAGCAGUUAGUGAAACUUGCAACGAGACGCCAUCAUGUUCCCUUUUUCCAAACCAAAACGGUGGUAUUGUUUCUCUAGAAGAUGUUACCAAGAAAGUGCAGGGGAAGCACUGGAUAUUGAUUUAUCUCUCACAGAUUUCAUCAUCACCGCGGACCUAUGGUAAAGGUAACUUCAGAUGGAAUACUCCCGAUUCUGACCAGAAUAUUAGGAUGGAAAUAAUGUGCUACAAUUUCGUCUUAAAAGAAUGUGGAAAUUACGAAAGGAUGAUCACACGGAAAAUACCUGACUGUAAUCGUGCGGAGGAGAACGGUAUAAGUAGACCGAUGGUUGCGAAGUUUUACAGGCAUGAUUUGGACAAGUAUUUUUGCGAGUACGACAAUGACAAUAAAUGUAAGACUGGAUUAACAGAUCUUCCCGUCAGCAAAUCUAGAUACCCCGAUUCUUAUGAUAGUGAACUUGACCUUCAAGGACUUCCCAGACAUCCUAUAGUCUCCGACCUGAAAUAUCAUUUCAACAUGGACAUGUCUGAUGACAAAAUGAUGUUUGCAAGGGAAGGACUAGAAUGUGGAUUUGGUGGCAAAGUUAUUGUGACAAACGGCAAGAACCAUGACAAACAGAACUUUGUUGUUUUUAUUGUUAGUUUUUUCUUGUACUCGCUUUUAUUUUAGAUAUUUGAUACAUUUUACAUUUUAAUCACUGAGCAUAUACUAGUAUACUGUUUACAUUAUAAAUAGCCAAAUGCAAUGUACACACUGUCGGAGGUUGGACCCUCAAGAUCUGGCUUUUGUUUUCAUACUUUUCUUGCUUGAUGCUUUUAUUGUUAAAUUUAUCAGUUCAUGAUUAUUUUGUUUCCUUUAAAAGAAUGAUUUUUUUUUACAUUAAAGCAGAAAAGGAAAUUGUAAAUAUGUGAGUCAUAUAUUAAAUGUCAAAGGUAAAUCUCUUGAACUAAAAAACAAAAACAACAACAACAAAACAAACCAGCAAAAAACAAAAACAAUUGAUGUUUUAACUACAUGUAUACAAAAGUGUUGUAAGAAACAUUCCUUUGACUGUUAAUUGUUAAUUGUAUUUAUCAUUGUGUUGACCUGUCCUUUUUCUUAAAGCCACAUUAUGCCUCGAAAUUAUAUUUUUUUCUUAGUUAUGAUAGGGUAAACAUGAAUCUUUUAACGUUUGAGUAAUACUUUUUAAGUAUGUUAGAUUUUGAGUACGUGAAGAAAGUAGCGCCGAGUUAAAAUUAUUUUCAUAAAAGUAGCAAAAUGUAAACAAAAUACAAUGUAGUAUUUGACUUCCAUACAGAAAACUAAUUCACGAUAACUGUACUAAUUGCCAAAACGAAUCAGGAGCAAAAGAUGGCUAAGAUAAUUGACCUAUGUGUAGCUUUAACAGGACACCAACAAUAUAAAACUCUUGAGAAAUGAAAAUGAAACCAUUUCUGAAGCAUAAUGGGCAUUUAAGUAUCAUAACUAUAUCUUAUCUCGCAUUCAAAAAAUAUAAUAAAUUAUGUAUGCUUAA